AUGGAUAUCUUGAGGUUCGCAUUUGGUAAUUUAAGUGAUGUUUUCCGCAUCUGGGCUGCAAUGAAACUGUCUGCCAUUUUUAUACCAUUUUGGGGAGUUCUUCUAUGGAUAACGUACAGACCGAAUAUUGGGAGUAAAAUAUGUCCAUUGGAUUGGCUUUUCCUUAUGGGCUACAUAAUCUACCAGGUGGCCUUCUUCACAGUGUCGUUCCAUCUCACUCUAUCAUCUGACUUACCGCCUGCUAGUACAACAAUUGUAACAGGGGAACAAGUUCGACUGAUGAUGAAGUCACAUGCAUUCGUGAGAUAUGCCAUCAGUACAAUAUUUGAAGAAGACAAAAUUGAAUCAACACCACCAUCGCCAACAACAACCAGUACAAACAUCACAGCUUCAACCGGUAAUCAGUAUUCAAAUCACACCAGUACAUCAACUGAUAUCAACGAAUUUCCUAAUUUCUCUCGUUAUCUUUACUUUUUGUUCGCUCCAACACUAGUCUAUCGGGAAAAAUAUCCACGUACACCAUGUAUACGAUGGUAUUUCGUGUUCUCGAACUUCAUUCAAGUUAUCGUCUGCCUUAUAUUUAGUUAUUACAUAUUUUUGCGUUUCUGUUUCCUACCGUUUUCACAACUUGGUAAAUUCUCCGAACUUUCAUUUAAAAAGUAUAUUCUAACAUCAACAGCCUGCAUCCUACCAGGUGGUUUAUUAAUGUUGAUUGCAUUCUAUUCUUUUCUACAUUCGUGGCUGAAUGCAUUUGCUGAAAUGCUGCGUUUUGGUGAUCGUCUAUUCUACAAAGACUGGUGGAAUGCUACAACAUUCAGUGUUUGGUAUCGUACAUGGAAUGUAAUUGUUCACGAUUGGUUAUAUACAUAUGUGUAUCGAGAUAUCCAAAUAUUGCUUGGAAAUCAGUCACGUACACUAGCAGCAACUGUCGUCUUCUGGUUAUCAGCUGCAGUACAUGAAUACAUAUUAAUGAUAUGCCUGAGAUACUGUUUACCAGUAUUAUUUCUAUUCUUUGUUGUAGGCGGUUAUGUGUUGUUUUUCAUACAAGGCAGUGGACGUAGUUGGAAUGUAGCCAUUUGGAUUGCUUUGUUUGUUGGCUGGGGUCAAAUGAUCUGCUUGUAUUCUAUGGAAUGGUAUGCACGCAAAAACUGUCCACCAGUUCUAGACAACUGGUUGAAUUUCUUUACGCCUCACAUAAUAUUUUGUCCCAGCAUAAAUGGAACUACAGAUGGUUGA